UAGUAAAUACAUCAGAGCCAUUUCGUAAUUCGUUGCAAAACUAGCGAACGUUGUGUUGUGAUUGUGAUUUGUGUAUUUCUACGAUUUAUUAUCGUUACAUAGGUAUUGUAACCGUACCCUAUAUAUAAUAACCAUGGGGGAAGAAGACGAGUAUGCUUGUGUCAACAAAUCCAAACUUAAAAUCAAGACUGACUCUGGCAUAAAAAAGAAAAAGAAGAAGAAGGCUAAUAAAGAUACUGACAAAAUUAUCGAAGAGGAAGUUAAAGAACAGAUGAAGCAGCAGCCAAACACAGACAAACGGACCAAAGCCGAAAUCGCAUUCCAAAAGAUGCAAGACAAAAUGAAAAAGCAGAGAAUUCUACAAAAGGCAGAGAUGACUCACAAGCAAAGAGUAGAAAAGUUUAAUCAACAUCUUGAUAGUCUUACGGAGCACUUUGACAUACCUAAAGUUUCUUGGACAAAGUAAAAAUAUUGUGGAUAUUUUGGACAUGUCUGUCUCUCAUGUAUUUUGUUGUGUUAUGAACCUCACAAGAUUAAAAUCAAAUCACACAAGAUUAAACAAUUAUAUAUAUAUUCAGAUUAAAAACUUAGAUUCUGAUUCUAUAUUAAUUGCAAUCUUGAGAAUUUACCUUUGGACAGAAGUAAUGCUGAUUUCAAUUUAUGUAACAACAAACUCAUUAAGAUAAUUAAUAAAAUAUCGAUUAUACAGAAA